GGUCGCUUCGGUACCGAACAGCUGAUCAUGUUCGCUAUAUUCAUUGUGUGCGUCCAUUACACUUCACAAACACAACUAACUUUGCGAAAAGGGUAAAACGUCAAAAAACCAAGAUAAUUUUCCAUUCGGGUCAUCUUGGUAUCCAAAUCGCUAGUGCAAAAUCGCGUUUUUUUCCUCAAUAUCCUGACCAAUUCGUGACUAAAGUGCUUGUAAUCGCUAGAUGAGUGCAUCUUUUGAACCGUGCCGGUUCAAAUGUUCCGAAAAUGAUGACCAUGUGCCGGAAAAAAUGAAAAUAUCCUAGGGCUCGUAACUGCGCUUCGCGAGACCUUGCAUCUCAUUGCGUGUUUUCUCAUAUCGUAAUGUGUACCCCCAAAAGUUCAACCAUGGAAGCAAUAAUUCAGGAUCUCAACAUUCCCAAACGGCAGAUACGGGAAACGCGCUGCCCCAAUCGAUUCCAGCUGCUGGCCCACAAAUCAUGGCUGAAAACCAUUUCCCAGAGCGGGAAAGUUACAGGCGAUUUCCCUCUGUAUGGCGGCAGCGAAGCGUUCGAGUGGCCCCGCGGAGGACCGAGUAGCGCCUGGUCCCGGGUCUACAUCAGCAUCUACAAAAAACACCCAACCAAGGUGAUCCCGCUGCCGCGCAACAAACUACUCACCAAUCUCAACAACGGCGACGCGCAUCCCUCGGAGAACGAGGACCCGCUGCACUACUCGCAGCUCUUGCAAUACGUCUCCCAGACGAACCACAAGAACCUCUGGAAGGCAGCCUACCGUAAGUAUGCCGCUUCACGGCCAGACCAGCAUCAACCCCUAUCGGGGAACGCAAGCAAUGCCCAGCAGCAUCUGGCCAGCAUGGGCAGUUUCGACAAUGGCAAUAGCACCACUAUCAGCUGCAACAACAGUACAAAGAAACAACAGCAGGAGAACAUCAACAUAUCAGCAGCACUGCUCCCAUACGACUUUGUGCUGCGGGAAGCGUUGACCCGGACCUACGGGUGCCGAAUAAUACGGUUGGAUGUCUGCGCCGACGAGGGAGGAGUCGUCACGGAACAGACCUGCUCACUGAUGCAACCGCAUGCCAAUCUUUACCCCGUGUUGGGUGCGAUCGAGACCAACAUGAAUCUCUACCUUAUUUUUGAUCCAUAUAUUGAAAACAACCUGCUGGACUGCGUAACAUACAGCCCGGCGAUCCUAGAAAAAUCUCACAACAAACCGUUGUUCUUGAUAUACCAACUGCUCAAUCUGAUGAAAUCACUGCACGAUCGUGGGCUGAACAUGGGAAAUAUAGGGCUGGGCGAUAUCUACUUGACGGAGAACUUAUGGAUGAGAGUGAUCCCAAGUCUGGAAGCCAAUCUACUGGAGUUCGAUGACGACAUUCAACGACAGUUGGAAGAACUGAGUUCAACUCGAUUGGUUCUGAGCAGAGAUUCAAAAGCAAGGCUUCUCAAAGGACUCGAUCUCAAGUACUCACUGAAAGACUACUGUGAAAUGUGGUGUCACGGGCAAAUGUCGAACUUCGACUAUCUCACGAUAUUGAACAACUUGGCAGGCCGAAGAAUCGGUUGCCCCGAACACCAUCACAUCAUGCCGUGGGUUACUGAUUUCUCCACCAGGAAUGGCCAAAUUUGGAGAGAUUUGAAGAAGUCGAAGUACCGACUGAAUAAAGGCGAUGCCCAGCUGGACUUGACGUUUCAGUCAGCGGUAGGCACGGAGGGAACCGUCCCUCACCACGUAUCGGAUGUACUCUCGGAGAUAACCUAUUACGUUUACAUGGCACGAAGGACUCCGAAGUCUGUGCUGUGCAAGUACGUUCGGCCGAUAUGGGUUCCAGCGGAAUAUCCCGUGUCGAUUCAACGCUUGCACGAAUGGACACCAGACGAAUGCAUUCCGGAGUUCUUCACGGACCCAUCAGUAUUCAAAAGUAUUCAUGAAGACCUGCCGGAUCUGGAGGUUCCCAUUUGGGCCACUUGUCCGGAAGACUUCAUCGCAAAGCAUCGGGAAGCGCUGGAAAGCCAGUAUAUCUCGGAGAAGCUUCACCAUUGGAUUGAUCUCACAUUUGGUUACAAACUAACCGGGUCUUCGGCGAUCAAGUCGAAAAAUGUUUGCCUAUCGUUGGUAGACAAACAUCAGAAUCUCUGUCAACGUGGAGUUGUUCAGCUGUUCACCAACCCUCAUCCGUCACGACAGUUCACUACCAUCUGGAAUGGGAAGACUCCGCCGAGGUUGUCAACACUGCAAGAAUCCCGUCAGAGGUUGACCCGAAGUUCGGAAGAUCUCUCACGUCAAGGUUCUAGUUCCGGGUACUCUGGAUCAGAGUCCGGCUUCUACCCAGAGUAUUCAUCGUCACCACAGAGUCGCUACUCUUCGCAAAUUCUACGCUCCGGAAACUUCAAGUCUGAAUCUAUGGAGCGAUCUACAAGUUACCACAUCAACGUUCAAGCCAAAGCUCCAUCGACACUAGCAUUACCGAAGAACUACAAUCCUGUAGCCCAACUGAAUGCCGUAGAAAACUUGGGAGUGUUCGUAUCCAAGACCUUCCAAUCAUCGCUAGCGUCGGACGAUUCUGGGACGGAUUCAGCGAAAAACAAACUGCUGGAUGACGAUUUUGAACUGUGGAAUGUGAGCACCGCGAGUAGUUACGAUCGGGAACUGGGCUACGAAAGCAACUCGUUUACGAAUCGCUUGUUUUCCGAAGCCUACGAAGCAUCUCUGCUGAAGGACAGGAAGAUGUUUCAGAACUUGCGUUCCCAGAGUCAACAGUGUCAACCCAGCUCAAGACAUACGUUCAAGCAGCUGCUCUUGGAUGUUAGAACCAAAGAUCUGCAGGUGUUGGGAUGCCUGAUCGUGGAAUUGUUCUUGGCAGCGAAGCUACGACCACUGGGUAGUUGCGUGGAGCAGGAUUUCGAGAGCAGGUUGGAGUCUUGCGUGAAACUUGUUAGAAAGGACAUUAAAUUACUACCGGUGUGCGUCCAGUAUGCUGUGAAAUUACUGCUUGGAAUUGAUUCUCCGGAUAUGGGCGCUGUUGUAACAGAGAAAGGCCUUCCACAUCCGUCUCCCCAUCAAUUUCUACAGCCAUUACUGGCCAGUCUGUUAAUUCCAUUUCCUUCGCAAUAUCUACGCAUUUAUCAAACCAUUAAAGCUUUCAGUCAUUUUGACGAGUCGACUUAUCUACUAGACUUGCACACAUUCUUCGAUUGUGACGGCAAAAGUUGCUCUCGGUACGUAAACCUCGACAAACUUCGAAUAGAUUUCCGCCGACGAAUCGCUGAGUGUAAAGUGAACUGCUGUGUUGCCUUGACAGAAGGCCUUCUGGAGCCGUGCGGUACCGAGCAAUAUUCCACUGUUGAACUUCUUCUUCCCCACUUCAUCGAACUUAUCAAAGCCGACGAUACCUCUAUCCUAGCCGCAUGGAACCUCUUCGACGCCAUCUCAACAGCUUUGGGAACCAAAGGAACACGACGACAUCUCUUACAACCAAUUCUACUACUUUAUGAAUCGGAUGAUAGCGAGACUCGUAUCAACCAACCACAAAACACGCCUGUUACCAGCGAUCCGGGAACUCUAAAGUUCACCCGUAAUUCCUCCUUCAAGUCUCGAAAAUCUGUGAAGCUCUACCAUCACAGCUUCCUCUUAAAACUUAUUGUUCGUUUUGGCUUACGUUGCUUCCUGGAAAACUUCAUCGCUCCCUUGGUAGAAGCUGUCGGUGGCUACAAAGACGCUGAUCUCAACCAACCCUACCACUUCCAUGAGAAUCUUCCUUUGGGAGAUUUUCGAAGAUCACGAUCGUGUAGGAACUUCAAGCUAAAAAGCGAAAAUAGCGUUGAUCCCGGUUCGAAUGCGCCGAACCAAGGCCAGGAAUCGCUGUCCAUCUCCAACACUCUGGUCUCACCGGAUGCAUCCGACAAGACGCUCUCUCCCACAGUUGCUCAAAAUCUUCCUCUGGACGACGGAUCAAUCGACGAGGACAACGAGGAAAUGUUCAGCUUUGACGAAGAUCCUCCACCAGAACAAGCGAAGAAAUUCACGACGAUUAUUAACGUCGGUGGAGACGAGAUCAGCGAUACGGAAAUGGAGUCGGCCAUGAAGAAAAUUAUCGAGGAUUUCGAUAUGAAGGCGGAUUCCAGCAGUUUCGAUUUGCCGUUGAACCACUCGCAGGCCGAGGAGGCCAUUGAAGAUGCGCUGGAAGAAGAGUUUGUGUUCUCGCAUGAGAUGAUGUCAGGAAGUAUGGAAAAGCUGAAUUUGACCAUAGCUGUUACUUCGGAACCUGACGUAGAGAAAGGCGAUCCUAAGUCUCCAACAAUUCCAAUACCGUCCUCUUUCCGGAGGAGUAUUGAGUUCAAUUCGAUAGGCUGUGAAAUUGGAAGCAAGAAAAGUGUGGAUUCUUUGGAGUUUAUGUGUAAGACUCCACGUGAAGAUAAGAUGGAACACUCGGCGAAGAAUGCUUCAGCUGUAAACCCAAAUGCCCAAAAGUCCAACGACUCUACCAAGACCAGAUCUACCCGUAUCUCAGAAAUGAGUUCCGAAAGCUUGAUUUGGCUUUCUCACCGCUUAGGACCUGUUCUGAGUGCACGCUACCUCACACGGAACCUGUUGAAAAUGCUCACACUCUGCUACGUAGGCCCUGAGAACCUGGUGCCAAGUGAAACAUCCUUCCGUACUCAAUCCAGCAGCAGCCUUAACUAUUUUACGAUAUCUGAUGGCUGCGUUGCUGGCGAUGAAGCCGCUCAACGCGUUAUCGAGUGUCUUACCUCAAUAUCGGCUCUCUUCGGUGAUCAGUUCAUAUUACUCCAGUACUUUCCGCACGCCAGUGAACUGAUCGCUCUCUGCCGCAAGAAGACGACCCAAACACUGGAAGGAGGCCUGAUAAGUUCGCUACAACUUGUCAAAUGCCUGAUUCCGUACCUGAACGACAGCACCGUAAUGGAUCAGCUUCAGGACUUCUUGCUACGGUCGAUUAUCCAUCCGAUCAUUCGCCUUCUAGAAUCAACCAAAUUCGUCAUGCCAAGCGGGUUCCUGGCCCGAUCGGUUCUUGCUCGGAAGCUCAUCGACACUCUCUACGUAAUCUCAGUUCGUAUCGGUCGAGAAAUGACCAGGGAACACAUCUGCGUUCCCGCGUUGCAGCGUUUCUUCUUGAUCUUCGAUAAGGCGUACGGCCGGAGCGAGCACUUCAGAGAUUUCAAGUACCGCACGGACUCCAGUCCGUGUAGCUCCGGAACUGAAGACUCCCACAUUAUCGAGUUUCGCCGUGACGGCGGAACGAGAGAACUUUCCGUAAGCGGUCCAGAAAUACGCCCCGCCCGUAUCAAAGGUCAUGAACCACUGGACAGCUACACCCCUCCGAGCGCCCUGGAUGCCGAUCUCCAGCUCGAGCACGAGUCCCGACCCCCGAUCCAAGGCUGCGUACGAUCCAAAGCCAUGGAGGAAAUUCGGGAUGUCUUCACGCCAAAUCUUGCCUACUGUGCGUUCCUACCGUUCCUCAACUACCUCGGUCAAUUCGAAAUGUCCCAGACGCUGAAAAACAUGGCCCUGGUGCUGAAUCUCUGCCACGAUCACGAACAACCGGACUACUCCAGGGAUGAUUACGGCCGAUUCAAAUCCGAAGCCGAUCGGGACGACGAGGAAAGUCAACUGGACUCGCUGAACUGCUCGAACACGUUCGGUUCCAACAUCAUCGGCAACCGGAUCGAGGUUCGGAAUGACUCCAAUAAGAUCGAAAUGGAACAGAAGGAACUGCUGGGGAUGGUGACGUAUCGUCUGGAGCAGGUGAACAGUGCUAGGAACUUGCGUGGGAAUUGGCUGGCUUACUGGGAACAUGAAAUUGGCCGUUCGGACAAGGACAGUCGGUUCAACUUGAAGCAGAUCAAGCUGCAAACAUACAGUGGACACACGAACUCGAUCAAAGCAGUGCUGGCACUGGACAACGAAAACAGUUUCAUUUCGGCUUCGAAGGACAAAACCGUUAAGUUGUGGUCGCUGAGGAGUGAAGGCGACGGGAGCAAGAUUUCGUCUUGCCAGUUCACGUACACCAACCAUCGGAAGUCGGUGCAUUCGUUGGCGUUCCUUGAAUCGAUGAGGCUAACAAUUUCCUGCGACUCCGGCGUCCACCUGUGGGAUCCGUUCGUGGGAGCCCAAAUCGGCCAACUGGACGUUCCCAAGUACACUCCCGUCUCGGUGGUGAAAACGUUCCCAUCGCCUAGCUGCCUGGUGUUGGCCGGCACGGCUGACAGUUGCAUCCGCAUGAUCGACGCCCGCACCUUUAGCUACUGCAAUGAGUGGAAAGUUUCCAGUUCACCGGUGGGAUCGGUUCGGACCAUUGCUGUUUCACCUUCCGGAGCUUGGAUCGCCGUGGGACUUAGUUCCGGUCACGUAACGGUCCUUGACGGACGAACCGGGUUCAUAAUUUCCUCCUGGAGAGCGAAUGACUGUGAUCUGCUGCAGCUGCUGGCGCCAAACGAAAACCAACUGAUCAGUACGAGUUUGGAUUACUCCGUAAGCGUGUGGAAUCCCAACACCGGAAAUCUACAGUUCAAUUUGAAGAACCGUCCGGAGCCGGUACACUGUUUGACCAACAACGGGCCGGAACUGAUCGUCGGAACGCCCACCAAUCGGAUCGGCGUCUACGGAGCCGUCAGUACGGAUACGACCUUCUCGUACACGAAGCUGCGAUCGGAGACGUUCAAAGGGGUGCUGACCAGUUUUGCACUCUUGCCGCUCAACCGAAUGCUGUUGGUCGGCGGAGACAACGGUACCAUCAGUUUGCUCUGCUAGAAGAAAGUACUUUGUUUGUUUGUUUGUUAUGUGUUUAAAAAAGAAGUGUGCAUUCCUUGUACUCCAUGAAACCAAAUCACUGCUACCAUUACCGAAUCGAUUCCGAAAGCAUUCCAAAGCCAGAAGAACGGCAAAAGUAUCGUAAAGUUACGUGAUUUUUGUUUGAUGUUUUUGUGGGUUAUUAUUAUUGAAUACUUAUUGAUAUUUGUAUCUUAUACACAUCUAGUGUGAUUAUAUGAGAAUUGAUAUUGUGAAGUAAAGCAUACCAAAACUAUUGAUAUAGGUAAGAAGGAUUGAUUAGAAUGAA